UUUUUUUUUCUUCUCAGCUAUCCCUUGGAAAUGCAUAUGGUGCACAAAGACUCAACCGGAGAGCAGAUAUUGGUGAUAGGCUACGUGUUUGUGCCGUGCGAGCGCCGCCUGGGCCGUCUGUUCUUCUCGCGGAGCAUGGCGGGCAUGGACGAGGUGGCGGAGGCAGUGGAGCACCUGGCGGACGUGGGGGACUCCAUGAGCUUCACGCUGGCGCCGCAGCGCGUCAUGCCGUCCAACCUGCGCGCGUGCGGCUACUUCGCGUACACGGGCUCCCUCACCACGCCCCCCUGCACCGAGGGCGUCACGUGGCUGGUGCGCGAAGCGCCCAUGUGCGUCGAGGAGAGGCAGUUGGAGGCAUUCUACAACGUCCGUGAUGCCAGGAACCUUCCCAUGGCGGGCAACGCACGCCCACUCCAGCCAAUAAACGGUCGCACCGUCCUCUUCCUCACCUGUUGAGGAAGCACGUCGCCGCCAACGCCGCGUGGCGUUCAUCCGAAGAACUACGUUGUGCUCACGCUCCGUCGGACAACGCUCUCAGCGGACUCCAGAAGAACCCACUCGUCCAACUCAGUACAAGGAACACAUCGUCAUGAACGAAAAUAUACUUUUUUUUGCUUUUGCUUAUACUUUUUUUCAUGUACCAAAAAACUCAUAUGUGCCAAUAAACAUUGACCCAAAUG